GCCAAUUCCCGUCCCUUCGCGAGAGAAAACGGAGAAAAAGCUCACCUCCCAUCUUCCUUUCUCUCUCUCUCUCUCGUUCUCUCUUUCUCUCUCUCUCUCGUUCUCUCUUUCUCUCUCUCUCUCUCUCUUUCUCUCUCUUCGUGACAGACACCCAGCCAUCUCUCUCCCGACGAUCCGCCGCCGAUGCAUCGCCUUGUGGCCAGUAACGGCCACUCGAGCGCGAUCUCGCAUCCCGAAUCCCGAGUGCGAGUCGAGGGGGAAAAACGCGAGAUCGCGUGCCAUUGUUUCCGCCGUUCGGAUCGUGCAUGUGCCUGGCCACGUCGAUGCGGGACUCGCGGGUGUAUCAUGAGGAGGAGAGGACGAAGGAGUGAGCGAGAAAGAGAGAGAGAGAGAGAGAGAGAGCGAAGCCGCCACCUCCCGCGUAGCAUUAUUUACGUUACGUGCGGCUAGAAAGCUGCAUCGAGUCUUUUUUCCUUCCUUUGCACAUCUUCCGUUUUCUCUCGUCUUCUCCUCUCUUUUUUUUUCUCUCUCUCUGGAAGGAGUCACGAAGGAGCGAGGCCACGCGCUCGCUUCGCUCUGAAUCUGAAUGCGAGGAGAGCUCGGGAGAACGCGAGCUGAAACGAAUACCGGACGAGUGCCCCGAUUAGAUCAAUCUCGCGAUUGUAAGAUAAACCAGAGAUUUCGAGAUGGCUACCAAAACUGACGACGCAGCGUCUAUCGACAAUCCUAAUGAUGGAGAGAGCCUCGAUAAAGAAAUAUUGACGAUCGGUGAAAACGAUGGGGGAAGAAUUCCACCGACGUAUUUGUAUAAUACGGGCUCGGAACAAAGUACAGGAACUUCCGACCAAGAACAAACCGUUCGGAAUCGUACUCCAUCCAAGGAGGAUCAAUUAGGUCCGUUACCGACUAAUUGGGAGAAGGCGUACACGGAUACGGGAGAAGUUUAUUUUAUAGACCACAAUACGGGCACAUCUCACUGGUUAGAUCCACGUCUGUCGAAAUUUCAAAAGAGAUCUCUGGAAGAAUGUCUCGACGACGAAUUACCCUACGGUUGGGAAAAGAUCGACGAUACACUAUACGGUACAUAUUUUAUCGAUCACGUGAAUCGUAGGACACAAUAUGAAAAUCCAGUGUUGCAAGCGAAGAGAGCGCAACAAAACUUGCUCGAGAGGAAGAGUCCCAACUUCACCAGAAAUCCCGAUAAACUCAAAGGUCAGAGGAUACGAACUGCCUUGAUAAAAAGUUCACGGGGCUUGGGAUUUACCAUUGUCGGCGGUGAUGACACCGUGGAAGAAUUCUUGCAAAUUAAAAGCGUCGUGCCAAAUGGUCCAGCAUGGCUGGAUGGGAAACUACAAACCGGAGACGUGUUAGUGUAUGUUAAUGAUACCUGCGUGCUAGGAUUUACCCAUAACGAAAUGGUGAAUGUAUUCAAAUCAAUCGGUAGUGGCGAGACAGUAAGUUUGGAAGUGUGUCGAGGUUAUCCGUUGCCUUUCGACCCCAACGAUCCUAAUACAGAGGUUGUAACGACGAUCGCUGUCAAUGCGCCAGAAGAUCCUGCGAUGUAUAUGGACUUAAACUCGUCUCUUCAGGACAAUGGGCGUUUCAAUUUUUUGGACUCCACAUUCUUGCCGGUGCACAAUCUUCAAAACGGCGAGAAUCUUGCCACAACGUCGGUCAAUUCGAUGCCCGAUCUCUGCAUUUCCGAUAAAAUCAACACGAUUAAAAGACCGAGCAGCACGGAUAUUCUGCUAUCGGAGAGCAGCGAUUUGAACGACUGUAAAAACUCGCCGGUGUCUUCCAAGCCGGAAUUUCUCAGUAUCGCUAUUGUGAAGGGGGCCAUGGGAUUUGGAUUUACGAUAGCAGACUCUGCCCACGGCCAGAAAGUCAAGAAGAUCUUGGAUCGUCAACGUUGCAAGAAUUUAAUGGAGGGCGAUAUAUUGGUUAAUAUAAAUGAAAUCAAUGUCAGAAAUAUGUGUCACUCGGAAGUGGUACAAGUACUGAAGGAUUGUCCACGUAACGAAGAGGCGUUGAUACAUGUACAGCGAACGACAGCGAAAUCGACGAAAGAGAAGAAGGAGAAGAAUAUGCAGGACUUUUUCAGAAGUAAAACACCCACCGCAGAUAUCUAUAGCACUCAAUCGAAAACGAUAAUACCUAGUAGACCAAAAACGCCACUGAUCGACACCAGAAAUCAUCCUAAAUCACCGACUGAUGCGAGCAGAUCAAACUGGAACGACGUACAGGCAGAAAACGAAUUGAAUCCGCUGGAUAAUCACUAUAAAUAUGCCGAUUAUUCACACGGAAUGUAUUAUUCGGAUCCGUAUAAAGCUAAUAUCACAGCGAAUUUGUCGGAUAAUUUUGCAGUGAUGAAUCUCGACGACGAUUCUAUUAGAAAUGUAUCGAAACGCGAUUGGGUUGCGAAUGACAAAUUAAAUAUCAACAAUGAUGUGUAUUCCAUCGACAUCUCCCAUCAUGACAAUAUGCUCAAGCAAAAUGGAUAUUUGCAUUCCGAUUACUAUAAAGACGUCUAUCCCGUUCAAUCGCAUUCCCAGUACAAUGAAGAUUAUAGUAUGUAUUCCAUUGGACAGGAGCAAAAUGUUGAUACCGGCGAAAUCUGGGAUAAGAGAAAAGAAACGACUAGUUUCGAACACGAACAGCCGCAUUCUAGUUCUAUAUCUCGGUAUCCUCAAUAUACAAACGAAUUGGUUUGUCCAAUGGUUCCCGACAUAGAAUGGAUAGAAACUCUGGUGACUUUGGUCAGACAAGAUACUGGAUUUGGAUUCAGAAUAGUGGGUGGCACAGAAGAAGGAUCUCAGCAGGUUUCGGUGGGUCAUAUAGUUCCCGGUGGAGCGGCGGAUCUUGAUAGUAGACUCAAUACUGGCGAUCUGAUUAUGUCCGUCGACGGAGAAAGUGUCAUGAAUUCUUCUCAUCAUCAUGUGGUGCAGUUAAUGAUAGCAGCAGCGCAAAAUGGACGAGUGACUCUAGGAAUACGACGUCGAAUCAACACGCAAGAACACCUUCAGGAGAACCUUCAAUCCUCUUACAGCCGGCAAAUGAAUCUUCAAUAUCCAUAUGAUGUUACUGUCACUCGAAUGGAGAACGAAGGAUUCGGUUUCGUGAUAAUCUCGUCCGUCAACAAGGCCGGUUCUACAAUCGGCAGGAUAAUUGAAGGUUCACCCGCUGAAAGAUGCGGAAGAUUAAAUGUCGGAGAUCAUAUUCUUGCUGUCAAUCACAUCGAUAUCACAAACGUUUGCCAUAAGGACAUUGUCAAUUUAAUCAAAGAUUCUGGUUAUUCUGUCACAUUGACAAUUGGAUAUCCACUUGACGAUUGUUGCAGCAAUACAUCUCUUUCUCAAAAGGAUGAACUUACCGGAGACGGAGAUGGCGGCCAAUACCAUGCUGUAGAGCUUACUCGGGGUACCCGAGGUUUUGGUUUCAGCAUACGCGGUGGUCGCGAGUUUCAAAAUAUGCCGUUAUUUGUCUUGCAAAUCGCUGAGAACGGACCAGCGUCUAUUGAUAAUCGGCUUAGAAUUGGAGAUCAGAUAAUCGAGAUAAACGGUAUUAAUACGAAAAACAUGACACAUACAGAAGCGAUUGAGAUUAUACGUAAUGGUGGACCAUCUGUUCGUCUGUUAGUACGACGUGGCUGCCAAAUGCCUUCAGUGAGUAAUCUCACAAUCGACCAAAUAAGUAUUCGACCGAACGAUGAGGGCAAGCAUUUAUCGAAAUUACCCAAGAGGGGUGUGCCCCCCAAAAAACGUCAGAAAGUUCGAUUUUCCAUUUCAUUGAACUGCUGUUCAUCCAAAAAUAGAUACUCGUAAGCGCUUUUAGACGUAUCUUUACAUCUCUCGCGAAUUGUAUAAGUUAAUAUUUCAUAAGAGAUUAAAAUUAUUUUACGAAAAUAAUAAUCCAGCAAUCCCUUUAAAAUGCAUUUAUUCGGCUUUUAAAGCGUAGACUGCUGUAAUUUUUUUUAAAGGAAAACAAAUUAUUAAUUUAUAAAAAAAUGUGAAUAUAGUGUAAAUCAUCAAAUGAUUUAUACUGGCAUAUAGAGAUGUAUUGAAAAUGGCACAGUGUGUAAAGUGUCAAGAAUAUAAAGUUGCAAGUGCUAUCUAUUUAUUAAUGCAAGUAUAGCAUUGAUAUAUAUAAAGAAUCUCAGAAUACAAUAUGUUAUAUUAUGUAGAGACACAAAGGACAGCUGUAUAUUCAUAUGCUGUCGAGGUGAUAUUGUAGACUGGUAAUUAUAUACAUAUAUAUAAAUUUAUUAUCUGCUCUUCUCAAUAAUGUUUCAAAGUAUAAGCUUUUAAAACUUAGACUCCUAUCGUAAACACCAUUUUGUGAAUUUUUUUUAAUAUAGUGACAUGUGUGGCCUUGAUAAAAUGUUACGCUUUUUAAAAAAAGUAUACAAAAAAAAUUAACAAUCAUUUAAUUAUUCUUAUUUGACUAUUCUAUUGUUUUGAAUUACUAUCAAGAUUUUAAAAUUGUAUCGAUAUCUUGUUUUUCCUUUUCCUAAAUAUUUAUUACCACUUUUAUGAAAUGUAUAUGUAUGUCAAUAAUUAAAAUUAAGGACUCGUACAACCAAAGAAGCACUUAUGAGCCAUUUUGUUUUGAAGUACAGUGUGUGAUGGGAGAUCAAUAUGAAAGAAUUAUUAUAAUUAUUUAAUCAAUCUUCUCUUUUUCGGGAAUGUUAGUCUUUUACCCGAUUAAAAGGAUGACUUUCCAUAAUUAGAAAACGACGAACGGAGCAAAAUUUUAACGGAGAACAAAUUUAACAAGAUUCUUCUUUACUCUUCCUGCCUUUUUUUGAUAUUUAUAAAAGUUACAUGUUAUAAAAGAGAACAACAUAUAUAUUUUUUUACUUGUAAAGUAAUGAGAGAUGGCAGAUGUUUGGCACGAUGUAUUAAUGAGACAAAAAAGGGAAAGGUAAACACUAGAUUAUAUUUCUAGAUCUCAGGAUUGGUGUAAGAAAGAAAAGAAUGCGUAUUAUACGUAUGUAUAUAUGUAUGUAUAUAUCAUAUACACAUAUAUAUGUAUGUAUGU